AUUGACACGUCGCUGUUCACCUGCUGGAUUUAGUGACAUUAUGCUGCUGAUACUGCUAUUGCUCACUGCUGUUUAGAAUUGUUUGCGCAUUCUAAGCAGCACGCACCUGGAAACCAGAACACCGUCAAGUCCGUUUUCAAGCGUUUUCGAGGGCAUGCCGUGUACUUUUGUUUGCAAUAGGUAGGUCGAGAUCGAGACUCAAAAUUUGCUGUAAUUUCUUCCGAUCGGUGUAUUUUCAGGUGUACAAAUAAUCAUCAUGAGGCGGCCAAACUUUCCAGCGGACCAGCCACUCCGUGGUGGCGCGGCAGUAGAAGAGGAAAACGACCUUCUGGAGAGUGAACUCAAAGGGAAGGUGUCUGCUCUCAAGUCUCUCACGAUUGAUAUUGGGCAUGAAGUUCGGUAUCAAAAUAAGAUGCUCAACGAAAUGGACGACGAAUUCGACUCGACGGGCGGCCUGCUGGGAAAUUCGAUGAAACGAGUGAUGAGGAUGGCUCGCUCGGGGCACAACCGGUACCUCUUCUACCUGUUCCUCUUCUCGCUGUUCGUCUUCCUGGUCAUCUGGCUGAUCAUCAGAUCCAGAUAACCCAGCUGUUGUGAUCAUGUGACGAUCAAACUUUGGUGAAGAGAGACAGGCGUUGUGAUGUUUUUUUUUUCAUUGUGUGCUCGGUGUCGAAGCGAUCACUGGCUUUACCAUUGAUAUACAUGUCGGCUAUUCCAUUUUGCGCGAAGUUAUAUAACUGGAAUAGGUACCUAGGUAUGUUUGGUCACUUCAAUUGCUAAUAGAAAAUAGAUAAUGAUGGACCGAGUGGUAUAUGCAUGUUCCAAGCAAGAUGCUUCAUGGUAUUGGCAGGUUGCUGGGAUAGAAUUACUUGCCAACAUCAAUAUUUUAUUGUCAUCUCGAUGGUCAUGACAUACACGAAAAUAUAUAUAGUUUUACAUUGUA